CUUCACCAAGCAGAUUUUGAGGGAAGUUGCUCUGUUCACAGCACAAUGGCAGUUCCUGAGAAGCCGGUCCUCUAUUCUUUUUUCCGAAGCUCUUGUUCCUGGAGAGUUCGAAUAGCUCUGGCUCUCAAGGAGAUUGACUAUGACACCUUUCCUAUUAGCCUCAUAAAGGAUGGAGGGCAGCAGUUUACUAAGGAAUUCCAGGCACUGAGCCCAAUGAGUCAAGUGCCAGCCCUGAAGAUUGAUGGCAUUACCCUUACCCAGUCACUGGCCAUCAUUGAGUAUCUGGAAGAGACACGACCCACACCCGUCAGGCUCCUGCCACAGGACCCCAAGAAAAGAGCCAGCGUUCGCUUGAUCUCAGAUCUCAUUGCUAGUGGGAUUCAGCCCCUGCAGAACUUAUCUGUCCUAAAGAAAGUGGGCCAAGAGGCCCAGCUGACAUGGGCACAAGAAGUCAUCAGCUCUGGCUUUGAAGCCCUAGAGCACAUCCUGCAAAGCACAGCAGGGAAGUACUGCGUGGGAAAUGAGAUCUCCAUGGCUGACUUAUGCCUGGUGCCUCAGGUGGCUAAUGCUCAGAACGACCCCGAGAGAAGGUUGGCCAGGAGGACAUGUCUCUCCCUCCUCUCUCUUCCCAUUGGCUGGUCAUGAUAUUUAACACCAGAGUAGGAGACACUUCAUCCAGAAGUUGGAAUUGAAGAUUUGGUGAUGUAGGAAGCCAGGAACUGCCUGUGGAGAAAAUACUUGCAAUACUUGAGGGAUGGGGAGGGGAGGAAAGAAUUUCUCCCCCUUCCCACCCCUAUCAUUAGCCAUGUGGAGCUACUGGACCAGUAGGAGACAUUGCAUCCAUCAGGGAGCAUACACAUGUUCUAGACAGGCCCAGACACCGAGAGACAGUCACCCAAGGAAGAAAAGCAACUUCAAGGAGUGUGAUCCCUGGCAAUUGAGAGUUGGGCCGUGGAGAGCAGUAAACCCUGGGAACUCCCCGUAAGGACUCUCCGGAGAGAGGACUUUUGGGCCUGGCAGUACUGGGACUUGUGGGGUACCUUUGCCACAUAUGUAUCCUAUAAAGUGUCCCACUACCACUGAUAACAUGCUUGAGACCCUUCCUCCCAUGGAUUUUGUAUUUGUGGGAGGUGUCCUAGAAUGUUUUACAACUACAAGAGCAGCUAGUGGAUAGAACACUGGGCCUGAAGUCAGGAAGAUCUGAGUUCAAAUUCCAUCUCAGACACGUAUUAGCUG